UUCAGAAAACUUCAUUCACAAAAACGGCAACACACUCUUCAGAAUUUUGAACAGAAAGAUUCUGGUUAACCUGGCUUUUAAGGAAAAGCUAGAAAUGACUCAAGGGAUGACAAUGAAGCUGCACAAAGAUGAUGAUGAUGAGUCUGGAGAUUUGAAGUAAAAUUGUGCUGGGCCAUACAAAUACUGAGUGUAUUUCUAGAUUGUGAUGCUGAAUGACUCUAAGACAAGAAUUAGCAGGAUUUGUAUUAAGAACUGCUGACUACAUUCAGAGAAUUAUUUUGCAUGUUUUUUAAAAUCAUAUUGUGUGAAUAAAGAAUGUGCAAAUUGCAGAACCAUGAUUUUUCUUUCCAGUGGGGCAGCUGAAUACAAAAUGCUAAGAACAGGGCUUGUAAGGUAUCUCUUUGGGUUCUUGCUAAUCUAAAGAUGCUUUUGAGAUUCUAGCUAUCUUGCAUUGCUUUCUGUGGAAUAUAUAUAUAUUUUUUUUAGUCUUUACUGCAGCCAGGAAUUCACCGUUAAUGAUGCAGGCUAUAACAGUGAGUGUUCAAAGCUGAGAAUGAUUUAGAGGCUUGCUUGCUUGUGGCAGAAGUGAUUUUUAGAUAUGGAUAGCAUCUUUUCAGAUUAAACUGCUGUAGUAUUUUUAUACCUGUGUAUGUUUCCUUUAGCAUUACAUACAGAUGACCAUGCAGAUUUAAGCUAUGUUCAUAAAGAAAAAUAAGCCACGUGUGACGCAGUCAACAAAAAAUAUCCAAUUGGCGUCUGUUUUUAAAAUUGUUUGACUUGCUUAAUUUCCAUGUCAUUUCUCUACAAGAAGAAAGCCAAUUUAUGCAACAGUAUCCAGUUACAGAACUUCCAAGGCUAUGAGAGAACGCAGUCAGCACAGUCUCAGUGGACACGUACUGUAUGUAGGACUAUUUAGACACCCAGGAAUGCUUCACAGGGCUAAAUACAGUCGCUUUAGGGAUGAUUUUAUAACAUCAUUAGAGGAAGGUACACAAAGUAGUUCUUUAAAUAUCAAAGGCUCCUCUUCAUCUUCUCAUUCCUCCACACCUCAUUUACCAAUUGAGGAUGUCACCUUGGGGACACAGGACAGUUCCACCACUUUGUGCACUUUGAUACCCCGAAUGGCUAAUAUUAAAUUAUCCAAUCCAUCUAAUCUGCCUGGUUUUAAAAACUUCUGUCUGGGAACAAAAGAGGUGCCAAGAAUUAAACUCACAGAGUGUGUUACAGUUCCAAGCAGCCCAACCUCACCAGAAAUCAGUUUAAUCAGCUGCCUGCCUACUUCUUAUCCACGGCAGGACCCGGACAAACUUGAUGUAAAUACAAAAUCUCAAGAUGACUGCAUCUUGCUGGGCUUUGAGUCUGCCCCUCUAAGCAAACAGGACAAACCUCCGGUGCAGAGCGGAGAGGACAUUGUGAAGACUGGCAUGACCUACUGUGUACGAUACAUGGGCUGUAUUGAAGUGUUGCAGUCAAUGAGGUCUCUGGACUUUGGCACCAGGACACAAGUCACCAGGGAAGCAAUAAGCCGACUGUGCGAAGCUGUAUCAGGAACAAAUGGAGCUAUAAAAAAGCGGAAGCCUCCAGUUAAAUUUCUGUCUUCUGUGCUUGGCAAAAGUAACCUUCAGUUUUCUGGCAUGAAUAUAAAACUGAUCAUCUCCAUGAGCAGCCUUACUUUGAUGAAUGUUGAUACCCAGCAGAUUAUUGCCAACCACCACAUGCAGUCCAUCUCAUUUGCCUCUGGAGGUGAUCCAGAUACAACAGACUAUGUUGCAUAUGUAGCUAAAGAUCCUGUUAAUCAGCGAGCAUGCCAUAUAUUGGAAUGUCCCAACGGAAUGGCUCAGGAUGUAAUAAAUACCAUCGGGCAGGCUUUUGAGCUCCGAUUCAAGCAAUACUUGAAGAAUCCUUCUACUCUGAUUACUUCCAAUGAAAGUGAAGUGAUGAAUCUUGAUGGAUCAGCUUGGAAUACGCAGGAAAAGGAGGAUUAUGAAUAUUACAAUGAAAUUCCAGGGAAAGAACCUCCUACAGGUGGAUUAUUAGACAUGCAAAUGAAAGUGCAAACAGACCAAAGGGAAAACUGUCCCAUACAAUGUGAAAAGCAAUACUGUUUGGCUGGCAGCCCAAAAUGCAUCAACAUAUAUGAAAACUGUCCAGAAGAAAACAAAUCAGUGGGUAACUAUGGUGAAAGAUCACUGAAGGCAAAAAAAGAUGUAUCUUUACCGAAACCUGCUUGCAAAAUGGAUCUUUUUGAUGACCCUUGUUACAUCAACACUCAGACCCUGCAAACUACAGCCUACACAGCUAGAGGCCUUGCAUCAGCCCAGGUCUAUGGGAGCCCGCUGUGUCAUGAAAAAUUGCCGGAAGCUGUUCAGCAGCGUGCCACAACCAACAUGGAUAGUGUAUGUGUUCUGCCACAAAUAAAGCAACAGUUAAGGAAUGAAGAUUGUUACCAUGGCAAAUUAAACAGGAAAGCAGCAGAGACCCUCUUGGUCAACGACGGGGAUUUUUUGGUGCGAGAGAGUGCAACAUCACCUGGUCAAUAUGUAUUGAGUGGAUUGCAAGGAGGGCAAGCAAAGCAUUUACUGUUGGUGGAUCCUGAAGGCAAGGUCAGAACCAAAGACCAUGUGUUUGAUAGUGUGGGUCAUCUUAUUCGCUACCACAUGGAAAAUAAUCUGCCAAUCAUCUCUUCUGGAAGUGAAGUGAGCUUGAAACAGCCAGUGAGAAAACAGAAUAACACAGGACACAUGCAAUACAACAAAUAACACUGUUGGAUCUCAACAUUCCCAAGGCAAUUAAUUUGUGAAAACUGCAUUGACUAUUCUUAAACUUCAUUACUACAAAGCCAACUGAAAAAGUAUAAACUGCACUUUUCAGCUGCUGUUACGGAAGACUUCUUUUCAUGUGUAUGUAUGAAUAUAUGUAUAUCUAUGUAGAUCUAUAGAGAUCAAUAUGCAUAGCUAUAUAGAUCUAUAUAGUGUUAAUCUUAGCAAAAUGAAACCCCUGGAGAGUGAGAGAUCCAUUUGGGGAAAAAAAGACGUGCACAGAUAUCACUUUCAAGGUCAUACUGAAUCAGUAACUAUUUAAAAGCACAAUGAAACUUAUACAUGGAAAAACUCACUUGAACAAACUGCUGGGACAUUAGUAUGUGCCUUUUAGUCAUGGAAUUAUUGGAAACAAAUAUUAUUUAUAUUGGAUUAGUUUCAAGCGGAUACAUGAACAUGUGUAGGUUUAGAACUACUUGCCAAAACAAAUUAUUUGAAUAUUACUAACAUGUCACUUGCUUACAGUAGACACUAACUUUAUUUCAUUUUGCUUAUAACAGCACUUUAAUAGCAAAUAAUGUUUAAAAUGAAUGGCAUACACAAUAGAAAGGUUGCUUGUUUUCUUAGUAACAAUCAGUUGUUUAAUCACUGUCUGACUGUUCAAAGAUUUGAGAUUAUGCAACAUUUACUAAACGGAAAUAAAGAUAUGUAAAUGAAGUGUAAUUUUGAAAUAGAAUGUAUCAAAGAGCAAGCAUGCUAGAUUCUAAUAUUUUUGUGUCUUGCAUAUAAUUUUACAAUUAUUGCCAAGUUACUGGAAAUGUCUCUUUUUAAAAGUAGGUUAAAUAUAUUUUUCAUUGAUUCCAUUGAUAUUGACAAAUUAGGGAAACUGAAUGAGACAAAUGAUACAUUUUGAGGGGGGAAAUAUUUAAAAAAAAUUGAAUUUUGCAUGUUCUAGAGAUUAUUGUACAAAUUUUUUCUCCAAAUGAUGUGAUAUCUGCCCCUUGCUUGCUUAGAUUCCAUUUGAUCAUAAACAUUGGAAAUGACUUUUUAAGAAAAUAUAUUCUGUUUUGUCACAAUAAAUGCUGUAAAUCUGAA